AAAAAUGUCAUCUCGAGCAAAGAAGAACAAGCCGUCAAGACCGUCAUUCGACGAUGAGCUGACCAUUUGGGAGUUCAUUCACGAAAAUACGUGUAAUAUGGAGAUGUUCAAUGAGGUUAAUUUGGAUUUGUUCAAGGAAUAUCUACAGGAACAUGAGUCUGUUUUCACGGCAGAGCAGCUUUACGAGUACUACGUCACAACAAUGAAAGCCACUCUCUACAAAUGCGAGAUGGAACCAGAAAAAAUGCUCACUCUUUACAAGAAUCUGGAGAUCGAGGUGACUCCGCAUGUCGAGAUUCUACUGGAGGCCAAAUUCAAAACUGUUCUGCGUGUUGACUCAAAUAGACGUCUUCAGAAGUUCUCCGACUUUUCAGCAAGGCCAGUCACUUGUGGAUCCGUAUCGAGAAAAGAGAAAGUACCGGAAACUAUUCCAGAAACACUUGAAGAAACCGUCCCAGAAACCGUCCCAGAACCCGAACGUCUUCAAAAUCGAAUGCCGCUAGAUGUGGAAAUUUCUGAUUCCUUCGAGAAGGCAAUGUGGAAUCAUGUCUCCCAGAACGCCGCCCGUCUAACCGGAAAAUUUUUGAUGACUGAACAAUUUUGGGCCGAGCUGCUCCAAUCACAACCGAAUAUUCCCAUCAAGUCGGCUCACAUUGUGCUCCACCAUUUCAACGAAAUGAUGCUCGAGAACCUUUGGAAGCAGGCGAUGGAUCCGGAUGCGAAACUGCAGAUAUUAAAAGACUUGUCGGUGCCAUUGAGCUAUCAUCAGCGUAAAUGGAUUCUCGACAAUGAUCGGCUUGAUGUGGCUUUGUCACUCGACGGAUAUGUAGUCAGCUGGGAUAUUGUGCGAGACCAGCCAGCUCCACGUAGCAAAAUUCUUACCUGGACCCCAAGAACUCCGAUGAGGAACAGAUCUCCCAGUCUUAUGGUAUUUCACGACGAUAUUCGUCCACCAUCUCCGAUUCAAGUCGUUUCGGAUCCAACAUCUUCAUAUUUCCGUUCAAGAGCUUCCACGGAUCAACCAGGACCUUCAAGCCAUCGAUCACAGUCAGCUAAUGUACGUGAAACGUAUGCGCCGAAAAAGAUUCAGAAGCGAGAAAAAUUCACACUCGACGAUCAUAUGUGUGCAUGGAAGUUCGUCCAUGAGAAGAUUGUCGAGGCAAAGAAGGAAGGUGUCCAGUUGAUGCCAAAGGGAAUCGCGUUCUGGAGAGAUUUUGUCAAAGUCUCACGAUCGUCGAAAUCUGCAACCAAUUGGAGUUCGCACUUUCGAAAGAUCAUGUGCCCAGCACUCCACGAAAUGCCACUUCACAAGAGAACAAUUCUCUAUCUUCUCAAGCAUAUUGAUAUUGAAAUUGAUGAGGAGGCUGAGAAGCUCAUCGAGCGAAAGUUUAACGUGAAGCUCCGUGUUGGCACAGACCGUAGCUUGAUUUCUUAUAGGCUCUUGGAUGCGGUUGUGAAGGGAGAAGUGGUUGAGAAGGACAAAAAAUCGGAAGAAGCUCGUGAGAUAGAGGCCAUUGAUGUUGAUGAUGGCGAUGCGGAUGUAAAACAAGAAGUGGUUGAGAAAGACGGAAAAGCGGAAGAAGCUCCUGAGCACGAGGCCAUGGAUGUUGAGGAUGACGAUGAAGAUCUGGAUGAAACGAUUCCACUAGAAUCAGAUGAGCAGAUGAUGGAUGAAAAUCUCGAUACAUCGGUUGCUUCUAAGAAAGAAGCAAUGGACGUCGACGAAUUGUCUAACAAAAUGACGGAUGCUGUGAACAAUCUCCAGAAAUCUAUCACCGAGAGUACAAACGAGACUACCGUUCUCGAAGGUGCAGCUGCUGCUGUGAUCUUGCUCUCUGAGUCGCUUCAAAAUUUCUCCAGGGUGGGAAUGGAGAAAUCGUCCUCCGACGUCUCAUCAUCAUCUGAGCCAGUGUCAUCAGCCGAGCCAGCUGCCGCUGCGCUCGUGCCGUCUGAAGCCGGUCAAGGAUCUCGAGACGUUUUUACAUCACAAUCCGACUCAACGAUUCCAGAGUCUUCUAGCUUUGAUGAGCUGCUUCCAAAUUCGUGCAGGGUGAAAAUGGAGAAGUCAUAUUCCGACAUCCCACGAUCAGCUGAGCCAGUGUUCAAGGUUCCUAUGAUACCAAAUCGCCUAUCCCACAGCGCCUCCAAUGGUUUAAAGCCGGCCGAGAUUUCUCCAAUUUUGGUGGAUUAUGAUGCUCUGAACUCGCAAGUCGUUCAGCAAGUCUUGGACGAUGCCGACGAUAAAGAUUUGGAAUUGAUACACGAAGCGUUGGAGAAAGCUUUUGGAAAUCAGGAAAAUUGGACUGACAAGUCCACAGCGAAGACCGUUACAAUCGGCACAAUUAUCAAGGCGAUUGAGACCAAAUUCACAGGAAUCUCUCGUGAAGUUCUUCUGGAACAGAAGGAAUCCAUUGUGGAAGAGGUUCUCGGCAACGUCGAGAACGAGAAGGUUCUCGAAGUGCGCACAGAAGCCAUCCGGGAAGCGCUCAUUGAGGCUGAUUUUGGGCCAACCAAUUAAAUAGAUUUUGAAGUUCUGUUUUUUUCUUUUUCCCAUUCAAUUUCUCUCACAGUUAAUGGGCUUCUCUCAUUCCUUACCCCUCGCCCUAGUCAUAAAUAACUGUUUAACAUUUUUUUCUAUUCUUCUUUUCAAUUUUUCUCAACAUUUAUGGAUUUUCCAUUCCUUUCCUCUAGUACAAUUGUGUUCAAUUUGUUGUUCUCUAAAUGGAUCUCCCGUUCAUUACAAAAACUGGUUAAAUAACACUUCUCCAAAUGAACGUGUUUUAUUCAUUUUUUAUUUGUCAAAUAAACAUUUUAAGCUU